GGCCCUUCCAUUGAACUUCCCACCCAGCUCCCAGGCUCCUAGGCUCGCCGCCAUCCAUCCUUUCCAUCCUGCAUUCUUUCUUCCCUUUUUCCUUCCUCCUCCUAUCCUCCCAUCACGGGCUCUUGUCGUCGCGUGAUUUCACAUUGACGACGAUUCUCUGGCAGCGGCCCGCCAGCUCCAGUGCCCUUACGCCAUGGUCGUUUGAGACCUGCGUCCCUCCACCAAUCCAUCGCAAAAGGUCGCCCCCUGCGUGUCUUUGGGCCACUUCGCCGCAAUUCUUUUUUGAACAGCCAGCACAUCCACCCCCUGCUGUCUGCGACAUCAUCACCGCCUCCGUCCCUCACCAGCCGCCUCCUCUCUCGACGGUGCGCGUCGAGUGAUUUCCAUCCAUCAUGGCUACCGGCAAUGUGCGCUACGUGCGCUACAUCAUCAUCGCGCUCUUCACUCUCACCCUCUGGUACUUCGUUUCGCACUCGAAAUAUGACGCCGUCCCUAUUCGCACCGAUGGAAAGCAAGCCACGUUCCCUGGCGGUCCCGGUGCCCCCCAGGUUCCAGGCGACUCCAACGGUGGCAGCAAGCCCCCGGCCUUCCCACAAACCGACGCCGUCACUUCUGGCGAUAGCGGCAAAGAAGGCACUCUCCCCAAGGACAACACCAUCCCCAAGAGCGACACCACCCACUCCGAUGGAGACACCAUCCCUCCUCCCGCUCCCGACACUGACCUGGCCAAGGACGAGGUCGCCGCCCAAAAGCCCCAGGGCGACGAAACUACCAAGUCUGACACUCCUGUUGAGAUGCCCAUGGCCCUUAAGCCCACCGACCCGGGCUGGAGCAACUUGCGGGAUAUCGCCCCCGGCCCUCGCAUGAACGCCACCUUUGUUACUCUUGCCCGAAACAGUGACGUCUGGGAGAUUGCCGCGUCCAUUCGCCAGGUCGAGGAUCGAUUCAAUAACCGAUAUGGAUACGACUGGGUCUUCCUUAACGACCAGCCUUUCGACGAAACCUUCAAGAAGGUCACCUCAGGGCUGGUUUCUGGCAAAACUCACUACGGUCUGAUCCCCGAGGAGCAUUGGUCCUUCCCUGAGUGGAUUGACCAGGACAAGGCCAAGAAGGUUCGUGAGGACAUGAAGGAGCGAAAGAUCAUCUACGGAGACUCCAUCAGCUACCGUCACAUGUGCCGAUUCGAGUCUGGAUUCUUCUUCCGCCAGCCUCUGAUGAUGAACUACGAGUACUACUGGCGCGUUGAGCCCUCCAUCAAGCUCUUCUGCGAUAUCCACUACGACCCCUUCCGUGUCAUUGCCGAGCAGGGCAAGAAAUACAGCUUCGUCCUCAGUCUUUACGAGUACAUUGACACCAUCCCUACCCUCUGGGAGAGCACCAAGAAGUUCAUGGCCAACCACCCCGAGCACAUUUCCGACAACAACUCCAUGGCUUUCCUCAGUGACGACGGUGGCGACACCUACAACAAGUGUCAUUUCUGGUCCAACUUUGAAGUCGGCAGCCUCGAGUGGCUCCGAAGCAAGCCCUACAUUGACUACUUUGAAGCUUUGGACCGUGAUGGUGGCUUCUUUUACGAGCGAUGGGGCGAUGCGCCUGUUCACUCCAUUGCUGCUGCUCUUCUCCUGAAGAAGGACGAGAUCCACUUCUUCGACGACAUUGCCUACUACCACGUUCCCUUCACCCACUGCCCCACUGGAGAGCAGAAGCGCCUCGACCUGCGCUGCCACUGUGAUCCCAAGGAGAACUUUGACUGGAAGGGUUACUCCUGCACUUCGCGAUACUUUGACCUCAACGGCAUCGAGAAGCCCAAGGGUUAUGAGGAACAGACCUAAAUAAUCCAUAUUUGGGUAAGGCGACGUGUACGUUUAUCAUAGCUCGGUUGUAAUGCAUGGUAGAUGAUUUCCCUUAUUCUGGAACGCAUUCUGAUGGGGCUCAUCUUGGUGGGGAUAUGGUAGGAUGCUUAAAGUGGUUACAAAGAGAAAAGGCGUCUAGGUUGAAACACUUUGGACAGCUUGUUGGUCAUGU